AGUGCGCGCCGCCGGCGGCUCCUUGGAAACGAGCUGUAAGUGACGGCUCGUCAAGAAGUGGCUCCCGCAGCAAAUCACGGUCCACCCCGGAGAAAAAAACAGAGACAGGGGGGAAUGCCUUUGUCUGCCUCGGGGGAAGAGUUUGUCACCGCUGGCCGGACUUUCACUCGUCUAUGAAAACAAAGAAAACUACAAAGAAAAAGAAACCCCCUCUGAAGUUGAGUGAGUUAGCGCGGGGGCUGCUAACAGGCUAACUAGCCCAGCUGACAGCGGAGGCUGCAGACUCUGCAGCAGCAGCUCGGGAGAGGAGAGGAGCUCUGGGGGGACAGGACAGGGCAGCACACAGCCAGGCAAAGCAACAUGCGCGGAGGAAGCUCCCCGUCCUCCAGGAGCCGGGCACAUCCAAGCACCACGAGAUGAUAUGGCAGAAUUUCUCACAACGAAGAAAUAGACCGGGCAGGAAAUUGGAGGAAACCUAAAGAAGAAGCUUCUGCCACCCCGGAGGCUUGGGUGUGUGUGAGUGUGUGAGUGUGAGUGUGUGUGUGUGUGUGAGUGUGAGUGUGUGAGUGGGAGAAGUGCCUAUGGCGGAGUCGGGGGGGGCCGGCAAGCCCGCAGACACAGCCGUGCAAGGCGACGAGGCGGCCGGGAAGGCGCACCGGGAGCCGUCGGUGCUGAACGGAGACUGCGGGAUCCCCGUUGCCAUGGUGACGCCCGGCGGCCAGGCCGGGGGUGGGGGGGCGGACAGCGUCGGCACCCCCACCAGGAUGGACGGCAAGCCCGAAAUACCGCGCAGGAGCAGCAUCAUCAAGGAUGGAAGACAGCGUAAAGAAAGGAAGAAGACUGUGUCGUUCAGCAGUAUGCCCACUGAGAAGAAGAUUAGCCGUGCCAGUGACUGCAUCAAUGCCAUGGUGGACGGCUCCGAACUUAAAAAAGUGCGCUCUAAUUCCCGCAUUUACCACCGCUACUUCCUCCUCGAUGCCGACAUGCAGUCUUUGAGAUGGGAGCCUACCAAGAAGGAGUCUGAAAAGGCCAAGAUUGACAUCAAGUCCAUCAAAGAGGUUCGGACGGGCAAAAACACAGACACUUUUAGAGCUAACGGCACCUAUGACCAGCUAUCAGAAGACUGUGCUUUCUCAAUCAUCUUUGGGGAAAAUUACGAGUCCCUGGACCUGGUGGCCAACACGGCAGAUGUGGCCAACAUCUGGAUAACUGGACUGAGGUACUUGAUCUCUUAUGGGAAACACACCCUAAAUAUGAUUGAGAGCAGUCAGAACAACAUGCGCUCAUCCUGGCUAAGUGACCUCUUUGACGAGGAAGACGUUAGCAACACCCGACAGAUAACUAUAUGCGCUGCUGUGCAGCUCAUAAAAAAGCUCAACCCGGGACUCAAAAAUGUGAAAAUAGAGCUGAAGUUCAAGGAGCUUCACAAAGCGAGGGACAAAAGCAGCUCUGAGGUGACGAACGAUGAGUUUGUCGAAGUCUUUCACGACCUUUGCACCAGACCAGAGAUUUAUUUUCUCUUUGUUCAGUUCUCCAGUACCAAGGAGUUUUUGGACACAAAGGACUUAAUGAUAUUCCUGGAGGCAGAGCAGGGGAUGGCACAAGUCAGCGAAGACACCAGCUUGGAGGUCAUCCAGAAAUACGAGCCGUCCAAAGAGGGCCAACUCAAGGGUUGGCUUUCUCUGGACGGCUUCUCCAACUAUCUCAUGUCCCCGGAAUGCCACAUAUUCGACCCCGAGCACAAAUCCGUUUGCCAAGACAUGAACCAGCCUUUGUCCCACUACUACAUCAACGCGUCCCACAACACGUACCUGAUUGAGGAUCAGUUCCGGGGCCCCUCCGAUGUGACGGGCUACAUCCGUGCGCUCAAAAUGGGUUGCCGUUGUGUAGAACUGGACGUGUGGGAUGGGCCCGAUAACGAACCCGUUAUCUACACCGGUCACACCAUGACCACGCAGAUUGUUUUUCGUAGCGUAAUUGACGUCGUCAACAAGUAUGCCUUCGUUGCCUCCGAGUUUCCACUGAUACUGUGUCUAGAAAACCAUUGCUCCUUAAAGCAGCAGAGAGUCAUGUUUCAGCAUCUGAAGAAGAUCCUCGGGGAUAAGAUGCACAUCGACCCUCCCAAACCCGAGGACUGCUACCUCCCGUCUCCCUUACAGCUGAAGGGAAAGAUCUUGCUAAAGGGGAAGAAACUGGGAACGACCUGCACAGGCUCCGAGGGCGAAGUGACGGAUGAAGACGAGGGGGCGGAGAUGUCUCAAAGGAUGAGCAUCGAUUCUGCAGAACAGCAGACUAUCGCACCCAAGAAGUUCCAGCUGUCCAAGGACCUGUCGGAUCUGGUGACUUUGUGCAAAUCUGUGGAGUUCAAGGACUUCCCCAACUCCUUCCAGAACCAGAGGCACUGGGAACUCUGCUCUUUCAACGAAGUCUUCGCCAGUCGCUGCGCUUGCGACUUUCCCGGGGACUUUGUCAACUACAACAAGAAGUUCCUGGCGCGGGUUUACCCGAGCCCCAUGCGGAUCGACUCCAGCAACAUGAAUCCUCAAGACUUCUGGAAAUGCGGCUGCCAGAUUGUAGCCAUGAACUACCAGACCCCCGGCCUGAUGAUGGACCUAAACAUUGGCUGGUUCCGUCAGAACGGGAACUGUGGCUACGUCCUGCGUCCCGCCAUCAUGAGAGAGCAGGUCUCGUAUUUCAGUGCCAACACGAAAGAUUCAGUGCCUGGUGUUUCUCCACAGCUGUUGCACAUCAAAAUAAUCAGCGGACAAAACUUCCCAAAGCCAAAAGGCUCAGGUGCCAAAGGAGACGUGGUCGACCCGUACAUAUACGUAGAAAUACACGGCAUCCCUGCCGACUGUGGCGAGCAAAGGACUAAAACGGUCAACCAGAACGGGGACAACCCUCUGUUCGACGAGAGCUUUGAGUUCCAGAUAAACCUCCCUGAGCUUGCGAUGGUUCGCUUCGUGGUGCUCGAUGAUGAUUACAUCGGCGAUGAAUUCAUCGGGCAGUAUACGAUCCCCUUCGAGUGUCUGCAGCCAGGUUUCCGCCACGUACCGCUGCAGUCUCUGACGGGGGAGAUCCUGCCACACACCUACGUAUUCGUCCAUGUGGCCAUUACCAAUCGGAGAGGCGGUGGCAAACCACACAAGAGGGGGCUGUCCGUACGAAAGGCCAAGAGGAGCCGGGAGUACGCUAGCAUGAGGGUGCUGCAGAUCAAGGCCGUGGACGAGGUCUUCAAGACGGCGCUGUUACCCCUGAGGGAGGCGACGGACCUCAGAGAAAACAUGCAGAAUGCUGUAGUGUCCUUCAAAGAGCUUUGUGGCCUUUCAGCAGUGGCUAACCUGAAGCAGUGCAUCCUGGCUCUUUCCCCUCGACUGAUGGGACCCGACAACACCCCCCUCCUGCUCUUCAAUCUCAUCGACCAGUACCCCAACCUGGAGUUCGAAGGCCUGCUCCCAGAGGUUCUCAAGAAAGUGGUCACCCCCUACGAAAUGGUGAUCCAGACCAGCAAGACGCUGCUGGAGAGCUCCGAGGGCGUCUACGAGAGAAUCCUACACACUCAAAAAACAGCGAUGGAGUUUCAUGAGAAUCUGCACGACUUGGCCGUGAAGGACGGGUUGAAGGGCAGGAAGCUGCACAAGGCGGAGGAAAGCUUCACGUGGAACAUCACCAUCCUGAAGGGCCAGGCGGAUCUGCUGAAACACGCCAGGAAUGAAGUCCAGGAGAACCUCAAGCAGAUCCACUACGCCGCUCUCACCUGCAACCUGAGCAAAGGCGGGGCGGGGGGCGGCUCCUCCGGCUCCACGGACUCCAAGAGCCGGCGCAGCCUGGAGGCCAUCCCCGAGAAGGCCACGGCCGAGGAGGAGCUCACCGACGAGGACAACUGAGGCGUCAGACCUCCGCCACGUCUCCCAGAGCUCCCGCUCCUCCCACCGUCACCCACUCAUCGCAGCGUUCCCCACAUUCCUGGACCCCAGAUCAGCUCACGCAACACCCUCUUUUCUUUCAUUCCUUUCAAACCUUGCAUUCCUUCCUGAUCUCUAACAGAGCUCAUGUUCCAAUGUUGACAACACGUGCAUCACAUCUGAAGCAGAGCCCCCCCCACAUCGCCCCGGACGAGCCCCAGGGAGCUGAGCAAACCACCAGACGGUUGGAGGUUGGAGACGCCGCGCUGCCGCCCAGCGGAGAGCAGAGGCCUCGGAUUGUUGAGACAGAUUUCUUAAAAGCACAACUUUUCCCCCUUUUUCCCGGAGUGAUGAAUGUAACUGGACCUGGGAAGGAGUCUGAACGCAAUGCAGAAUAAAUAAAUGAAACAAGUCGACGGAAAUGUCAUGAGAGUAAAGAGCUGUUUACAAAACUGGACUUUUCCACGUUCCUGUCUGCCAAAAUAGUAGUAUACUGUGUAUAUUUGGAACUUCCUGUUACCUUGUUUCCUGAAGAGUGCAUCAUUUUAUUAUUGUAUACUUGGAAAUAUAAGAUUUAUUUUAUAAAAGAUAUAAGACCAUGUCUGUGGAGAACCAACCUUUUAUUUGUGUGUUUAUCUUGGACCAGACUUUCCCAGACGGAGACGUCCAACGCUCGACGGCGUCCAUGUUUGUUUGGGUUGUUUUUUGUUUGUUUUGGGGGGAUUUGGCAACAUGUUAAACUUUUAUUUUGUGGGCAAAGUUUUUCUGUUUCAGGUGUUGAAAGGGUUCAUGAAGUCCAGGUUAUGUUUGGGUUUUUUUUUGUCUUAUGUCGUCCACCAACUGCACUGUUACCCAGAAAAGGACCAGCAACUGCGUCUGUGACGAGCCUUUGGGCCGCCGCUGUAACCAUGGCGAUGAGGUUGAUUAUAAGGUGUACUCUGCUCUUGAUCCUCCAGCUUUCUGUCCUUGUAUUGAUCCUUAAUGGUGUUGGCAUUGAAGACGACGGGGGUCAUUCCUAGUCGCCUCCACGGCACAGAGAGUCGUGUGUUAAAGCCCCAACGCAGAGCUAAAAGUCUCAGGUAAAAAAGGACCAGAUGUUUCGCCAGACGUUUCAAACCUGAACGAGCGUGACGGGUGCCAAAGAUCACAUG